UAUUCUAAAACGUUGUGUUCCAGCCAGUGUCUAUUGUAGUGUAGCUUUAAUUCCUGUUUUAGUAUAUUCUAUAUGGAUUUGAAACAAUAUCCUAUUUCGAUGGAGUCGUCAGCGUUACAGGGCACAGAGAAUGUUUGCGUAAAGGUUCAGCGCUGUGAGGAAGUGUGUACAACAUAUGAGCUCACGUCCGCGGAAGUGUCUGUGAAGAUUGAGCCGCUGGAUGAUGUGUAUGUAAAGGACGAGUCCAAACGCGAACGUGUAUACAUACAAGCUGAGCCAUCGUACUCAGAUGUGAGUGUAAAAGACGAGUCGGCCGGCGUGAGCGCGGUGACGGAGCUGUACUCCGAACACGCCGUUAAAGAUGAGCUCGUGCUCGGCCCCGUGCUAGUGGAGCGGCGCGUGCGCCACGCACCAACAGCUUUCAACACAGAUAUUGAAGUCAAGCAGUCACGUGAGCUUGUCCCAGAGAGCACAGACGGAGACAGCCAAACACAAGUUCCGGAACCUGGCGUAGAGGAACUUACGAACACCAAAGUUGGGAAAGCUAAAAGGAACAAUCGAGUUGUGACGCGGCCGCUGCGAGAGAUGGAGACGAGUGCUGACGCCGGCAGCAUGUCGCCGGCGCGCGUGAAGCAGGCGCCAGAGACGGCCCAGUCGGAAAUGCCCCUUAUUAAGGAGGAAGCCGGAUUUGUGGAUGAAGAGGCUUGUGUGAAGGAGGAGUGUGAGGACAGCACAGCCGGGUGCGGCGUGAGCGAGGCCGCCAUGCUGGCCGGCCUGUACGACGAGCACGUGGUCAAGGACGAGCUCGUGCUGGGGCCGGAGCGCCCGCACCGCCCCAUAGUCGCCCCGGUGGUGACAGGUGUGUUGAUUGUUGUUUAG